CGGAGAGGGAGGCGUGUGCUUAACCCGGGCCGGGCUCUGGGAGGCCGGCUGCCCGUGGCCGGGGAGGCACCGCUGUUUGUGGGUCCUCAGAGCGCGGCUCAGGGAUUAAUGCUUCAUCAAGGGAUAUUCUCUUGGGAAUUGCUUCAUCAUGAGAAAUCUGAAGUUACUUCGGACCCUGGAGUUCAGGGAUAUUCAAGCUCCAGGGAAACCUCAGUGCUUCUCUCUCCGAACUGAACAGGGGACAGUGCUCAUUGGCUCAGAACAUGGACUAAUAGAAGUAAACCCUAUUACAAGAGAAGUGAAAAAUGAAAUUUCUUUGGUGGCAGAAGGCUUUCUCCCAGAGGAUGGAAGUGGCUGCAUUGUUGCAGUUCAGGACUUGCUAGAUCAAGAGUCUGUGUGUGUGGCCACAGCCUCUGGAGAUGUCAUACUCUGCAGUCUCAGCACACACCAGCUGGAAUGUGUUGGGACUGUAGCCAGUGGUAUCUCUGUCAUGAGUUGGAGUCCUGACCAGGAGCUGGUGCUUCUUGCCACAGGUCAACAGACCCUGAUUAUGAUGACAAAAGACUUUGAACCAAUCAUGGAGCAGCAAAUCCACCAAGAUGAUUUUGGUGAAAGCAAGUUUAUUACUGUUGGAUGGGGCAAGAAGGAGACGCAGUUCCAUGGAUCGGAAGGCAGGCAAGCGGCCUUUCAGGUGCAAAUGCACGAAUCUGCUUUGCCCUGGGAUGAUCAUAGACCACAAGUUACCUGGCGUGGGGAUGGACAGUUUUUUGCUUUGAGUGUUGUUUGCCCAGAAACAGGGGCUCGGAAGUUCAGAGUGUGGAACCGAGAAUUUGCUUUACAGUCAACCAGUGAGCCUGUGGCAGGACUGGGACCAGCCCUGGCUUGGAAACCCUCAGGCAGUUUGAUUGCAUCUACACAAGAUAAACCCAACCAGCAGGAUGUUGUGUUUUUUGAAAAAAAUGGACUUCUUCAUGGACAAUUUACACUUCCUUUCCUCAAAGAUGAGGUUAAGGUAAAUGACUUGCUCUGGAAUGCAGAUUCCUCUGUGCUUGCAGUUUGGCUAGAAGACCUUCAGAGGGAAGAAAAUUCUGCUCUGAAAACCUAUGUUCAGCUCUGGACUGUUGGAAACUAUCACUGGUAUCUCAAGCAAAGUCUUUCCUUUGACACCUGUGGGAAGAGCAGGAUUGUGGCUCUGAUGUGGGACCCGGUGAUCCCAUACCGGCUGCAUGUUCUCUGUCAGGGCUGGCAUUACCUCUGCUAUGACUGGCACUGGACAACUGACCGGAGCUCAGGAGAUAAUUCAAGUGACUUGGCAAAUGUGGCUGUUAUUGAUGGAAACAAGGUAUUGGUGACAGUCUUCCGGCAGACUGUGGUUCCACCUCCCAUGUGCACCUACCGACUGUUGCUCCCGCACCCUGUGAAUCAAGUCAUGUUUUCUGCACACCCAAAAAAGAGUAAUGACCUCGCUGUCCUAGAUGCCAGUAACCAGAUUUCUGUUUAUAAAUGUGGUGAUAGUCCAAGUACAGACCCCACAGUGAAACUGGGAGCUGUGGGUGGAAAUGGAUUUAAAGUUUCCCUUACAACACCUCAUCUGGAAAAGAGAUACAAAAUUCAAUUUGAGACUAGCAAAGAUCAAGAAGUAAACUCACUGAAGCUCGGCCUUCUCACCUGGAUUGAAGAGGACAUCUUCCUGGCCAUAAGCCACAGUCAGUCCAGCCCACGGUCCCUCAUUCACCAUCUGACUGUGGCCCCUUCUGAGAUGGAUGAGGAACACGGACAGCUCAAUGUCAGCUCCUCUAUGAUGGUAGAUGGGGUCAUAAUCAGUCUAUGUUGCAAUUCCAAGACCAAAUCAGUGGCAUUGCAGCUGGCUGACGGCCAGAUACUUAAGUAUCUUCGGGAGUCACCUUCUCUGGCUGUUGAACCAUGGAAGAACCGUGGUGGAUUUCCUGUUCGGUUUCCUUAUCCAUGCACACAGACUGAAUUGGCCGUGAUUGGAGGAGAGGAAUGUGUCCUUGGUUUGACUGACAGGUGUCGCUUUUUCAUCAAUGACAUUGAGGUUGCAUCAAAUAUCACGUCAUUUGCAGUAUAUGAUGAGUUUUUAUUAUUGACGACUCAUUCCCAUACCUGCCACUGUUUUUGCCUGAUGGAUACUUCAUUUAAAACAUUACAGGCAGGUCUGAGCAGCAGUCAUAUGUCUUAUGGAGAAACUCUGCGGAAGGUGGAGAGGGGUUCACGGAUUGUCACUGUUGUGCCCCAGGACACAAAGCUUAUAUUACAGAUGCCAAGGGGAAACUUAGAAGUUGUUCAUCAUCGAGCCCUGGUUUUAGCUCAGAUUCGGAAGUGGUUGGACAAGCUUAUGUUUAAAGAAGCAUUUGAAUGCAUGAGAAAACUGAGAAUUAAUCUCAAUCUGAUUCAUGAUCAUAACCCUAAGGUGUUUCUUGAAAAUGUGGACACCUUCAUAAGACAGAUAGAUUCUGUAAAUCAUAUUAAUUUGUUUUUCACAGAAUUGAAGGAAGAAGAUGUCACAAAGACCAUGUACCCUCCACCAGUUACCAGCAGUGUCCAACUGUCCAGGAAUCCUGAUGGGAAAAAACUGGACCUUAUCUGCGAUGCUAUGAGAGCAGCCAUGGAGAACAUAAAUCCUCACAAGUACUGCCUGUCAAUACUCACAUCUCAUGUGAAGAAAACAACCCCAGAACUGGAAAUUGUGCUGCAGAAGGUACACGAACUUCAAGAAAAUGCUCCAUCUGUUCCUGAUGCUGUGAGUGCUGAAGAGGCCCUGAAAUAUUUGCUGCUUCUGGUAGAUGUUAAUGAAUUAUAUGAUCAUUCUCUUGGGACCUAUGACUUUGAUUUGGUCCUCAUGGUAGCUGAGAAGUCACAGAAGGAUCCCAAGGAAUAUCUUCCAUUUCUUAAUACACUCAAGAAAAUGGAAACUAAUUAUCAGCGGUUCACUAUAGACAAAUACUUGAAACGGUAUGAAAAAGCCAUUGGCCACCUCAGCAAAUGUGGACCUGAGUACUUCCCAGAAUGCCUAAAUUUAAUAAAAGAUAAAAACUUGUAUAAUGAAGCUCUGAAGUUAUACCCGCCAAACUCACAGCAGUACAAGGAUAUCAGCAUUGCUUAUGGGGAACACCUGAUGCAGGAGCGCUUGUGUGAGCCAGCAGGAUUCGUGUUUGCCCGCUCUGGUGCCCAUGAGAAAGCUCUCUCAGCCUUUCUGGCUUGUGGCAGCUGGCAGCAAGCCCUCUGUGUGGCAGCCCAGCUUAACCUGACCAAAGACCAGCUAGCUGGCCUUGGCAGAACUCUGGCAGGAAAGCUAGUUGAGCAGAGGAAGCACAAUGACGCAGCCAUUGUUUUGGAGCAGUAUGCCCAGGAUUAUGAAGAAGCUGUGCUCUUGCUGUUAAAAGGAGCUGCCUGGGAAGAAGCUCUGAGGCUGGUAUACAAAUAUAACAGACUGGAUAUUAUAGAAACCAACAUAAAGCCUUCCAUUUUAGAAGCCCAGAAAAAUUAUAUGGCAUUUCUCAACUCUCAGACAGCCACAUUCAGUCGCCAUAAAAACCGUUUAUCAGUGGUUCGAGAGCUCAAGGAGCAAGCACAGCAUGUGAAUCUGGAUGAUGAGGUGCCCCGUGGUCAAGAGUCAGACCUCUUCUCUGAAACUAGCAGUGUUGUGAGUGGCAGUGAGAUGAGUGGCAGAUAUUCCCAUAGUAACUCCAGGAUAUCAGCGAGAUCAUCUAAGAAUCGCCGCAAAGCAGAGCGGAAGAAGCACAGCCUUAAGGAAGGGAGUCCACUGGAGGAUCUGGCCCUUUUGGAGGCACUGAGUGAAUUGGUACAGAACGCUGAAAAAUUGAAAGAUGAAAUAUACCAUAUUUUAAAGGUACUCUUUAUCUUUGAGUUUGAUGAGCAAGGAAGGGAACUACAGAAGGCCUUUGAAGAUACUCUGCAGCUGAUGGAAAGGUCAAUUCCAGAAAUUUGGACUCUUACCUACCAGCAGAAUUCAGCCAUACCUGUUCUAGGUCCCAAUUCUACUGCAAAUAGUAUCAUGGCAUCUUAUCAACAACAGAAGACUUCGGUUCCUGUUCUUGAUGCUGAGCUUUUUAUACCACCAAAGAUCGACAAAAGAACCCAGUGGAAACUGAAACUGCUAGAGUGACCCAAGUUAGGAGGGCUUUGACAGAGAAGACUGUGUUCCACUCAUUCCUACUUGUCCUUCCACCUCUUGCUCUUUGACACCUAGCUACUGAGAGCUGGGAAGAGUAAGACUGUGAUUUACCUCAGCAUUGCCGAGAGCUGAGAUGUGCACCAGACUUCAGCAGACACUAAGCAUUUUAUUUUGUAUGUAAGUCUUAGUCAUCAGCAAAAUGUUAAGCUUUAAGCAGUAUAGCAUCAUUUUGUGAGAAUUAAUUUUUUUUUUUUUUUAAUUUAGUGCUGUUGGAGAGCAUAUUUACGGUCAUGAUGAGAUUGGGUUUCUCAAUCUGUUCUUCAUCUGUUACUUGGGAAUAAUGAUUCACAAUUCCUACUUCACAUGUGAAGACAAAUAAAAUAAUGUUUCUAAGUUGUUUUAUGUUACUGGAAGAGAGCAUUAUAAAUAACAGUGUUUCCAUCGUGGUCAGAUGUAAUUGCUUAAAUGGCUUCUUUACACCUUAAAAAAAGCAGAAUAAAAAAUUAAGUGUAUCCUUUGAAAUUCUAAGCCAUUUUAUGCUGACACCUGUUAUUUUGUAACAUAAGGUCAUGUGCUUCUAGUUAUAACUCGGGUGAGCCUCUUAUAGUUACACUGUACGUAGGGACUGUUUCACUACUUGUUUAUUUUCUGCAAGACAGUGAGCAGUGUUAAAGCUGGAACAGAUUAGAAUUUCUGAAAGAGUAUCAUGCACAUUUGCUAUGGGUGAGCUUAGAGCCUUGUACGGCAUGAUGGUUGUAAAUUAUUCUUUGUUCUCCAAAUUCUGCUUCCUUUAACUGAAAUCUUUUUGACAGUGUCUAGGCCAUUUCAUUUAUUAUGGUGCUUAACUGACCUUUGUUUCAUUUAGUUUCUCAAAAGAACUUUCAAUUAUUUUCUUUGGAAGAAAUGAGAAUGUUUUCUCUUUGAUGAGUCUAGAAAAAAGCCCAGUUCAUUUUAACAACAGUUCUGUGGCUAAUCCUUGGAAAAAGUUAAAAAUUUAUUCUGUGUUUUUAAUACCAGAACCAGACCUUCAUUACUGUACAUAAACUAACAGGAAAUGCUGCUUUUGAUCUUCAGAGAAUAGAUAUACCCCAAAUUGUAAUUUAAGAAGACUUUCCCUAAUAAGCAAGAUGUUAACUAUAAAAUCUAGAGGUAUUCACUGUAUAAUUCAGCUUUUCUGUGUAUUUGAAAAUUUUCACAAAAUGAAAGGGAAAAAAAAGGAUAAUAUGUUCUCUGCUUUGAGGAAAUCUACUUUUUGACUAAUACCCAUAAUGGAUUUGCUAUAAUUAAGUGUCCCAAACUGAAAGUCUGAAAGUAGUUUGUGGCUGCUCUAUAGCAUGAGUAAAUGAAUAUGGGUGACAUAUGUGACAUUUUAAUAUAUUAUAGUGCUCUUGCUUUGGGUAAUAAUAAAGGGACCCAAGCUGGUAGACUGGAAAUAAAAGUAAGUGUGUCUGUUGA